UUACAGCAAGUUCGUUGGCUCGGCAGACAUUUGUAUAUAGUAAUAGUAUUGGUCAAAAAAUAAUUAUUGAAUAACAACAAGUAUGAAUAGAACGCGCAAAAAAAUCUCAAGACCAAAAAAUCCUUAUUGUUCAGCAAAUAUAUUUUCACGACUGAGUUUUUGGUGGAUGAGAGACUUAUUUCGACGUGGCCUAAAAGGGCCCUUGGAAGAUGAAGAACUCUAUCAGCAUCGCAAGAAUUUAGAUAGUGAAAAGGUUACCGGGAAAUUCAGCCAGCUGUGGGAAGAGGAAAAGAAACGAAAGAAUCCCAGUGUUGUUCGAAUGAUUGUCAAAGCCUACGGUUCGGUGUUUAUACCACUUGGUGUGCCUGUUUCAAUUUGUGAAUCAUUGUCAAAAGCUCUCCAACCCCUCUUUUUGGGAGGACUUGUGGCAUAUUUCGCCACUGGACAAACUUCGAUAAGCAAAGAAAACGCUUAUUUAUUUGCCGCUGGUAUCGUUUUGUGUUCCAUUGUUCGUGUCCUAUUGGUGCAUCCCUACGUAUUCUAUCUAUUUCAAGUCGGCUCAAAAAUCCGCCUGGCUCUGUCAGGUCUUAUGUACCGUAAAUGCUUGUCACUUUCAAAAAGUGCUGCCAACGAUGAGAUACGAGCAAGAGCCAUAAAUAUCCUGUCAAAUGAUUUGGGCUCUUUCGACUUGGCACUGACUUUCCUGCAUGACGUGUGGAAGGGUCCAGCUGAAUCUCUCCUAAUUGGUUACUUAAUGUAUCGCGAAGUAGGCCUUUCGGCUGUGAUUGGUGUGGCUUUUAUGCUGAGUUUUAUACCGCUACAAGGUUGGGCUGCGAAAAAUGCCGCCUACUAUCGCCAGAAAACAGCAGAGCAGACGGACUUCAGAGUGAAAUUGAUGAAUGAAAUAAUCCAGGGUAUACAGGUGAUAAAGAUGUACGCCUGGGAGAAAUCAUUUGCCAAAAUUGUAUCCGAUGUGCGUCGAAAGGAGGUGAAAGCCAUUCGUGGUACUUCGUACAUCCAUGCCACUUUGAGUUGUUCUUCCAUGAUUUCCCCUCUGUCUUUGUUCUUGGCAUUGGCAUCGUACGUUUAUAUGGGUGACACCCUGACGGCAAAGCGGGUCUACACAGUUUCCUCAUACUUUACAAUGUUAAACGAGUCAAUGGUACAUUUUUGGCCACUUGCUAUAAAGUAUCUAUCAGAAGCAUUGGUAUCGGCUAGAAGGUGUAAAGAAUUUCUAUUAGAUGGUGAUCUAGCACAGGAAACCAUGCAUUCGGAAAAGAAAGCGAAGACGCCGAAUAAAUCCGUAAUGAACGGCAACAGCGAGAAAAAGAGAUUUGAAGACAUUGACUGUGUUGAAAAUACCGAAAAAGUCCCAUUGGCCAAGUCAAACCACCCUCGGAUUAGACGUAUUGUCAAUGCUGAAUCACCUGUCAAAAGCGUUGUACUCCAGGAUGUAAAUGCCUCGUGGGAGACUGCAGAGGGCUACAGAAUUCGAGCCCUUGAACAUUUGAAUUGUGAAAUUCAAGAAAAUUCCUUGGCUGCAGUGGUUGGACCAGUGGGCUCUGGAAAAUCCACACUUCUCAAUCUGCUGUUGGGUGAAGUGCAAAUCGAUUCCGGCGAUGUGUUCAUCAAUGGCAAAAUCUCAUAUUGCUCUCAGGAACCAUGGGUUUUUGUGGGAACCGUACGAGACAAUGUGGUAUUUGUGGAGGAGUUUGAUGAACAGCGUUAUAAGCGAGUCCUAGAGGUGUGUGCCUUAAAACGCGAUCUGGAACUAAUGCCACAUGGUGAUUUAACAAUGAUUGGCGAAAGAGGUGCUAGCCUAAGUGGGGGCCAAAAAGCUCGCAUUAAUUUAGCCAGAGCUAUCUAUCGUAAGGCCGAUAUAUAUCUACUAGACGACCCUUUAUCAGCUGUUGACACAAAUGUUGGUAAACAUAUAUUCCGCAAGUGCAUAAGAGACUUCCUUUCGGAUAAAAUACGAGUCUUGGUCACCCACCAGCUGCAAUAUCUGUUCGAUGUUCAGCAUCUACUGAUUAUGGGUUCGGGUAACAUUGUAGCCCAGGGUAGUUAUCGACAAUUGCGAAAAUCUAAACAAUUUCAAUAUUUGGCCCAAACCCGCAAAGCUAGUGAAAAUGCAAAUAGUAUCAAUGAUCCUAAUAGCGGAAUGAUUGUGGACCAGCCAGGCACAGAAACCAGCCAAUCACUGUUGAGUCCCGAUGAAGCCCCCAUAGAUGAUGAAAAUAAAGAACAGCAAGCUGUUGGUUCUGUGAAAUUAGGUGUCUAUCUAUCCUACUUUAAGGCAUUGGAGAGUCCAUUUUUGUUGUUCUUAAUAUUCGGGCUUUUCAUAGGCGCCCGAGUAAUGUUAAAUGGUGUCGAUUACUUCCUUUCCAGAUGGGUCGUAUGGGAGGAAAAUGUUGGUCGCAUGCAACUUGAUACUUAUUUGAAUGCUUCGGAGACGAACACAACACAAAAUUUUGAUGAUGGUGCGGAUCAUGAACGACACAACCGAAUGAUAAUAUAUUCAGUUAUGCUGAUAUCGGCCGUUAUCGUCUUUGCCCUGAGAACAUUUGGUUUCUAUACUAUGUGUCUGCGCAUAUCUCUCAAAUUACAUGAUCGUCUAUUUCGUGGCAUUACUCGUACCAGCAUGUACUUUUUUAAUACCAAUCCAUCGGGGCGAAUUCUAAAUCGAUUCUCCAAAGAUAUUCGAACAGUUGAUGCUGAUUUGCCGCCCACUCUAAUGGAUUGUUUGUCGUUUGCCAUCGAUAUUUCCGGUGUCGUACUUAUUGUGGCAAUCGCCAACUAUUGGCUUCUGCUGCCGGCAUGUGUUAUCUUAACUUGUUUAGUGGGCUUACGUUUUGUUUAUACAAUGACAAGUCGCAGUGUCAAGCGUUUGGAAUCAAUAUCCCGCAGUCCAGUGUAUUCCCUCACAAACCAGACAUUCCAAGGACUCUCCACCAUAAGAGCCUUAGAAGCAGAACGGGCUUUGGAGACAGAAUUCCAUGGCUUUCAAAAUUCGAAUACAUCAGCUUGGUUUUUGUUUAUCUCCUGCGCAAGGGCCUUUGCCUUGUGGACGGAUGUAAUUUGUGUGCUCUACAUAAGCGUGGUAACAUUCAGUUUCCUUAUAUUGGGUUCACACUUCAACAGUGGCGAUGUUGGUCUGGCAAUCUUACAUUCGACAACAAUGAUUGGAAUGUGCCAAUGGGGAAUGCGGCAAACGGCCGAAUUGGAAAAUCAAAUGACUUGCGUGGAGCGCGUACUGGAGUAUAUCGAACAACCGCCAGAAGCAUCAAUGAAAACCGAAGAGAAAAAUAAACCCAAAGGCGAAUGGCCCACCGAGGGACGUAUUGAAUUUGAGAAUUUCAAAUUUAAAUACAGCCCAACGGGAAAUUAUGUCUUGAAGAAUUUAAACAUGGCCACUCGGCCAUAUGAAAAAAUUGGCAUUGUUGGCAGGACUGGUGCUGGUAAAUCGUCAAUUGUUCAAUCUCUGUUCCGGUUGGGCUACAACGAAGGUGCAAUAUACAUUGAUGGCAUUAAUAUCGACCAAUUGGGCCUGUACGAUUUGAGGAGUAACAUAUCUAUAAUACCUCAAGAUCCGGUCUUAUUUUCGGGAACUUUGCGUUACAAUUUGGAUCCAUUGAAUCAAUGCAGUGAUGCUGAUAUUUGGACAGUUUUGGGUGAAGUCGAACUCAAGGGACAUGUUUCAACAUUGAUUGGUGGUCUCAAUUGUCCAAUGUACGAUGGUGGCGCGAAUUUCAGUGUGGGUCAGCGGCAAUUGGUGUGCUUGGCCAGAUCAAUUUUGCGAAAGAAUAAAAUCUUGAUUAUGGACGAAGCAACGGCAAACGUGGACCCAGAAACGGAUAAAUUGAUACAAAAAACAAUACGCACUAAAUUUUCCAAGUGUACGGUCUUAACGAUUGCCCAUCGUUUACAUACAGUUAUGGACUGCGAUCGUAUUUUGGUAAUGGAUGCCGGUCAGGCCGUCGAAUUGGGACAUCCAUUUGAGUUAUUGCAAAAAAGAGAUGGUGCUUUACGUAGCUUAGUCGAUCAUACAGGAUCGUCGACAGCGGCAAUUUUACUUCAAAUUGCAGAAGAUAGCUACAAAUUAGGAAAGCAAAGCAACUAGUGAUAAGUCUCUAAGAGUAAUCUUUAAGUAUUUCAUAGUAUAUUUAAUUUAUCACGAAUUUAUAGUAAAUUCUAGAAAAAAGUACUUACAUACAUAUCAUAAUAUUCCUUUCAUAUAUAUUUUUUCAUUUAUAUACAUACAGUAUCAUACCAGUGUAUUAUAAUUUUCCUUAUUGUUGUAUAAGACAAAAGAUAAAAUAGUUAAUUUUGUAAUAAA